CCACUGCAGCCGCCGGACAAGGUGGACUCACCACCGGAGCAGCCGAACAAGGUGGAUUCACGACUGCAGCAGUAGGACAAGGUGGAUUCACGACUGGAGCAGCAGGACAAGGUGGAUUUACCACUGGAGCAAUCGGACAAGGUGGAUUUAUCACUGGAGCAGUCGCGCAUCGUAGAGGUACAUCGGAGGCUGGAUCUGGCGAAAGUGGUGAAAAUGGUGUAACAACAUUCACUGGCGCAAAAGGUGGCGACACUGCUGGAGGAUCCACGCUUCCUGGAGGUAAAUCGAAAUUCGGGUCUAGGGAAUUUGGUGAGAAUGGUGUAACAACACUCACUGCCGCAGAAGGUGGAGCCAGCAUUCGAGGAGACACACUUGCUGGAAGUACAUCGAAGUUCGGUUUUAUCGAAAGUGAUGAGGACGGUGUAACAACAGAGGCUAGCGCACAAGGUGGAGCUACAUUGAAGUUCGGAUCUAGUGGGAGUGGUGAAAAGGAGGUACCAACAAGAGCUCGCGCAGAUGGUGGAGCUACCAGGGGAGUAGCAACACUUGUUGCAGCGGUAGCGAAGUUCGGAACAAGUGGAAGCGUUGAAAUGGGUGUAUUACCGAAAGCUGGCACACAACGUGGAGAUGCAACGGAAUCAGCCACGGUCAAGUUAGAUGAAAGCGGAACGGUCACGAGGGGCGCUAGUGUAGUGGUGACAGGUGAGUCGUUUAAAUCAAUGGAAUUUGUUGGUUUCAUGUAUGUUGCGUUUUUGCAGGUCAACGGCCGCAAAGUACCAAGCUCGGAUGUCGGUGGGUGUGGGUUUGUGGUUAGUUAG